GAACGACCCAACACUAGCUGACAGGUUAAGCACGCGGUGAAAGAGCUCAGAGACUUGACAAUGGCUAUCGAUGAAGAUAUAGGUGAUUCUUCACCAGCAGAGACUCCAGCCACUAAAAUGUCCAGACAACAGAUAUUAACACUUACUGCAAUGGCCUCCAUAAACUUCAGUUCAAUGAUCUGUUACUCCAUUCUGGGACCAUUUUUUCCAAAUGAGGCAAAGAAGAAAGGUGUCAGUCAAGCUAUGAUUGGUUUAAUAUUCGGAAUCUAUGCAUUAUGUACUUUAGUGGGCUCAUUGUUACUUGGUAAAUAUAUUGUCCAGAUAGGAGCCAAGUUUAUGAUCGUUGCAGGGUUGUUCGUAUCGAGCGGAUGUACUGUACUCUUCGGAUUUCUUGACCAAGUGUCUGAUGGGACAGUUUUCGUCGUGCUCUGUUUUAUCACACGGUGCAUAAAUGCAAUCGGCUUUUCCGCCGCCGUUACAUCGUCUUUUGCAGUUUCAGCAAAAGUUUUCCCCGAGAGCAUAGCGACUGUUUUGGGCUUCAUGGAGAUUUUUACAGGUCUUGGCCUGAUAUUGGGUCCUCCGUUGGGCGGCUGGCUCUAUCAGUCAUUUGGAUAUGAAAUCCCAUUCGUUUUCACAGGAUGUCUUCUGUUUGCGACAGUGCCUCUCAAUUUGUGGAUUUUACCAAGCUUUGAUGCUGUUCCUUCUUCCCAGAAUUCCUUCCUCAGAUUGUGUACCAGAAUGAAGAUCCUUCUCAUCUGCUUCGUGGUGUUCUCGUUGAGUUCAGGACUUGGUUUCCUGGAUGCAACACUGUCCAUAUUUGCCAUAGAAAAGCUUAAUCUCAGUGCCGGUUCAGUGGGGCUGCUCAUGAUUGGACUGUCACUGCCAUAUGGGGCGGCAUCACCUGUCUUUGGUGUGAUCAGUGAUAAAUAUCCUUCAAUUAGGAAAUGGAUGAUGGUGAUUGGAGGAAUGGCCACAGCGGUGAGCUUUUGUUUCCUCGGCCCACUUCCUAUUUUCCAUAUUAGGAGUCAGCUCUGGCUCACCGUCCUCAUGCUGAUCGUGGUGGGCUUCUCUCUCUGUAUGACCUGUAUCCCCACCUUCGCUGAGAUGAUCGCUUGUGCACAUGAAAAUGGCUUUGAGGAAGACUUGAGUACCCUGGGAUUGGUGUCAGGCUUGUUCUCAGCAGUCUGGUCUGCUGGGAUGUUCUUUGGGCCGACUAUUGGAGGAUACAUCACACAAGCACUCAACUUUGAAUGGAGCGCAGGAGUUCAAGGUGCACUCGCCUUUCUCGCUGCCUUACUACAAGUAAUAUAUUUCACAUUAGAGGACAUACAAAGGAAGUCACAAAAGGCCAACAGGACUGACACGUCAUUAUCGCAAGGAGAAAAAUCCCCUCUUCUCCCCAAGACAGAUCAUCUCAGGGUUGAUGUCAGCUGAAAUAAGCUGCUGCACGCUUUUAAAUGGAAGAACAAACGUAAUCAUAUUGCUGCUAAAUAUAGGUGAUGUGGGAUAUGACUGACAGAUGACAAAUGAAGAACGUGGAGAAGGUCAGUUUAACAACAAAGAUGUCAUACAUGUAUUAUUUCAAGAUCAGCUGAACCUCUGUACACAGGAGUUCAGUGAACAUUUACAAAGUAAAUGUCAAAAGUCCUGUAAGAAGAUUGAAUUAAGAGAGGAGGCAAAAUGUAUUAAAGUUGAAUGUAUAAUAAUAAUAAAGAGAUGACAUUCACACUAAACAGAGCUGAGAUGUGCCUAUUGAUGAAACACUUUAUCUUUUACCCCGUUUCUGGGAAUAUUGUAGGGUGACGAUGUACAUAUUCCCUCACUAGAAGAUGCUGCCCAGCUAGGGUUUGUUAUUUUCUUAACCAUCUUGCAUCUCAAAUGCUGCUUUGGCAGUUAAAUAUUCAUCUUGACAGUCACAACAAGGACAUUUUACAAACUAAAGUGAAAUAGUGAAACAUAUUUUGGCUUAUUUAUUGUGUUUAGUAACUUAACAUGAGAUAUAAUCCAUUCUGAAAAAUAGGUGUAAAUUUUUGAAGUAAAUUGAAAUUAAGAGCUCCUUGUGUAUAAAAUUAUUCAUUACAGUGUGUCUUACAGUACAGUACACUGGAUUAUUUCUGAGGUCUUGUUCAGAAAUCUUUUGGACUAGUGCAAGAAUGUGGGAUUUGUACUUUAAUAUUGCUUAAUACAGAUUACCCGUCUAGCCCUAGUUUGUGACUGACCCCAUUAUGACUGCUUUUACAGAUUUACAAAUUAUUGCCAUAUUCCUUAUGGAAACAACUUCUACAAAUGUACAGUUUUACAAAAUACAUUUUUACAAUGUGCAUUAAUGUCUUUUCAUAGCAAUGAGAUCCUUCGGUUCUUUGGAGUGGUUGCAUAAAUAUUGACCCUUUCAACACUGCAAAAGUUAUUUAAUC